AUGGGUCCCUGGGUCCCUGGGUCCCUGGGUCCUUGGGUCUCUGGGUCCCUGGGUCCCUGGGUCCCUGGGUCCCUGGGUCCCUGGGUCCUGGAUCCUGGAUCCAAAAUUUUUCGCCAUGAUCACAAGGACCCAGGACCCAGGACCCAGGACCCAGGACCCAGGACCCAGGACCCAGGACCCAGGACCCAGGACCCAGGACCCAGGACCCAGGACCCAGGACCCAGGACAUUUUAA